AAUGUGCCGGAUGAACACCAGCAGGCAGCUCCAGGUGACCCUGCAGCAGGGGAGCACGUGUCAGAUCUGCGUGCUGCAGAGCUGCAGGGCAAAAUCCAGCAGUUUGAAGCUGCCAACAAGUCGUUACAGGAAAAGCUGAACGAACUGAAUUUUGAAUUAAAAUCUGUCCAAGAAACAUCACAGAGGCAAGUUCGUACAAUCCAGAGUCUGAACGAGGCCCUGAAGAGCAAAGAGAGUAAGGCAGAAGAGCUGUACCAUAUAAUUGAAGGGCAGAACGAGACAAUGGCCAAGCUGCGGGACAUGUUACACCGAAACCAUCUGGGACCGAUGCAGAUGUCAGAGAGCCUACUGUCACCCCAAGAGCAGCAAAUGUCACCACUAGAUCUUCAGAACACACUUUUCUGCACCAAGCUGGAGAUGCAGAAACUGAAGAGAGCUCAGCGCCAGAAAGAGCAUCAACUGGCUGAAGCCAGGAGAACAACCCAGCUCUUAGAGACCACAGUGCAUGAGGAAGAGCAGCAGAAAGAGGCAACCUGGAAACACAAUCAGGAACUGCGUGCUGUGGUACAACAGCUGCAGGCAGAGCUGCAGGACAAGGCUCAGCAGCUCCAGACUGUGGAGUGGGAGAAAUGCCGUGAGCUGCAGGCCCAGGAGCAGCGAGUUCAGCGUUUGAGCCAGCAGCUGGCUCGCAAGGAGCAGCUUCUGCAGGAAUCCAGGGAGCUUCUACAAUGCCAGCAAAGCUUGGACAAGAGCCCUGCAGCCAUGAAUGCCAUGUUGGAGAAACUGCAGCAGCGAGUCAGCGACAGGGAUGCUGCUCUGGAGCGAGCAGUAGAUGAGAAGUUCUGUGCCCUGGAGAAGAAGGAGCAAGAGCUGCAGCAGCUCCGUCUCUCAAUACGGGAGCGUGGAAAUGACCUGGAGAGGCUGCGCAAUGUCCUCUCCAGCAACGAGACCACCAUUCAUAGCCUGGAGAGCCUCCUGAAAGCCAAAACCCUGGAACUGGAGCAGGUCUCAGCAACCUGCCAAAAUCUUCGCUGGCUCAAGGAGGAGAUUGAAGCCAAAUCCUGCAGCAGGCAGAAGGAGCAGGAGGGGAUCAUCCAGCAGCUGCAGACCUGCCUGCAUGACAGGAACAAGGAAGUGGAGGAGCUUACAGCAACUCUGCUGUGCAAGCUGGGCCCAGGGCAGAGUGAGGUAGCAGAGGAGCUGUGCUUGCGUCUCCAGCACAAGGAGAAGAUGCUGCAGGAUCUCCUCAGCGACCGGAACCGUCAGACCACGGAGCAUGAUGCUGAAAUCCGAGAGCUACUGCAGGCCAUGAGCACCAAAGAGCAGCAGAGCAGAGUGGCUGCUGAGAAGAUGGCACACGCUUUGGCUGAAAGGAGCUGCGAGCUACAACUCCUGCGCCAGCACGUGCUGGGGAAGGAGCCUGUGGGGACCCAGUCAGCCGGGGCCAGGCUGUUGAAGCAGGACAAACAGCCCAUACAAGGAGUACUACAAAGAGCUUGUGGAGCUACAGCCACUGCCGGACCCCCUCAGGGGGACAGCAGCUUCAGGACAGAGGGAGAUACAAUGUCAGCAGCAGAACUGGAGAAGGAUCUCGUUAAUGCCAAAGAGGAUCUGGAGCUGAUGGCGAAGAAGGAAAGGGAAAGCAGGCGGGAGCUCACUGCUCUCCAGUCUGUUGUGGCCACACAGGAGGAAGAGCUGCAGGUGCAGGCCUCAGACAUAGAAUCCUUGACCAGAACCAUCCAGAUCAAAGAGGACCUCAUCAAGGAUCUGCAGAUGCAGCUGGUGGAUCCUGAAGAAAUUCCAGCCAUAGAAAGACUGACACAAGAAGUGCUGGUGCUUCGGGAGAAAGUGGCCAUAGCAGAGUCACGAGGACAGGAGGCUACUGGAAACAGAAGGCAGCAGUUGUUACUGAUGCUGGAAGGGCUGGUGGCUGAGAGGAAUCGGUUAAAUGAGGCUCUCCAGGCGGAGAGGCAGCUCUAUGGCAGCCUGGUAAAGUUUCACACACACCCGGACAGCACUGUGAGAGACCGCGCUCUGCAGGUGGAGCUGGAAGGGGUCCACGAGCUCCGGGGACAGCUGGAAGAAGCUCUUGGAAGAAGCCUGGAGUGUUUGAGCAGGCUGGAGACACAGGGCACCAUAGGAGGUGGGGAACAGGAGCGUGUGGAGGGCAUGGUCCCCGGCAGGGCCUGGCCAGGUCUGGGUGCACAGCUGUGCUCCCAGGUGACACAGGGCCAAAGGCAGUGCCAGGAGCUGCAGGACAAACUUGCUGCCUCGGAGGCCACAGUGCGGGCACAAGCCGAGCAGCUGGAGAAGUACCACGUCCUUCUCUGUGAGUCAAAACUCUGGCAGCUCAGCAAGCAAGUGCAGGUGGACUUCCAAGAUCUGGGCUAUGAGACGUGUGGGCGAAGUGAGACUGAGGCUGACCGGGACGAGACCACCAGCCCUGAGUGCGAGGAGCCAGAUGUAUUCAGCGAGCCCAGCCUGGGUGAGGAGCUGGGGUCCCUGUGCCAGCUAGGGACGCCCAGAGCAGGCAAGGCUGUUCGUAAAGCCAUGGCCCUGGAGGACGUGGGAGCCCUGCACCAGCACAUCCAGGACCUCAAGGCACAGCUGCUCAAUGCCAACAAGGUGAUCCAGAACCUGCAGCGCCGUGCCCGCUCCAUCUCCAUCACCAGUGGCUACACUUCAGGGGCCGAGCGGCCCCCACCGGGCCCCAAAGCCUUGGCCUCCCCAGCCCACAGCCUCACGGACGAGGAUGAGGGCUGGCAGUCAGAUGGCCACGGCACCCUCUGCCCGCCUGCCCUGCGGGCACACCGUGACCUGCAGAGCCUGGUGCACCGCGUCGCCCUCCUCGAGGCACAGCUGCCUGCAGCCAAGCCUGGAGGCGUUUUGCCCAAGGAGCUGCAAUCUGCCACUUGGCCAGGGAAGUACGACUCGCUGAUCCAGCCGCAGCUGGCCCAGCACCUGCGAGACGCCCUGCGGUCCUUCGAGGACCUCCUCCGUGGCACUGACAUCGACUACUACCUGGGCCAGGGCUUCAGGGAGCAGCUGGCCCGGGGCAGGCAGCUGGCUGAGAGGCUCAGUGACAAGCUGGGCACCAGAGAUCGGCAAGAUGGGGAGGAUAAAAAAAGUCAUGAACUCCUGGCACUGAGGCUCAGUCGGGAGCUCCAGGAGAAGGAGAAGGUGAUUGAGAGCCUGGAGGUGAAGCUCCAGGAGCGCUCUGAGUCCCCGGGCAGCAGCUGCCCACCCUCCGAGUCAUCCCACUCUGCCACCAGCUCGUCCUUCACAUCUGAGGGGCUGGAGCCUUGCUCUGAUGGGGAUGCAGCCAGUGAGUGCAGCCAGUGCCAUGAGGAGCCUGCCCGACUCACAGGCCUUCACUUUGACUCCUUGUCCAAACCUGCUAGUGCCCCCCUGCCUGCACAGGCCCCUGUGCUCUCUCCCUUCCUGCCUGCUGGGCCCCCUGCACCCGCGGCCCCACCGCUCCUGGGCUGCUGUGGAACUCCUGUCUGCUCCCUGGCUGAGGCACAGCAGGAACUGCAGGUGCUCCGGAGGCAGCUGGGAGAAAGGGCAGAUCUGCUGGAGGAACACUUAGUGGAGAUCCGCAGCCUGCGCCAGCGCCUCGAGGAGUCCAUCUGCACCAACGACCGGCUCCGGGAGCAGCUGGAGCGCCGCCUGGCCUCCACCAGCAAGGCCAGUGGGUUGCCCAGUGAUGGCUAUGCCCAGACACCCGAGCUGGGGUUGCAGCUGAGCGGGGAGAACCAGGCUCUGCGUGAGGACAACCGGACCCUGCGGCUCCAGUGUGACCACCUCUCCCAGGAGCUGGCACGGGUGCAGGAGGCCCUCGUGGCUGCCUGCACCCGGGCACGGGAGGCUGAAGCGGAGCUGGGCCAGAGGCGUGGGAAGCAGCGGAGACUGGCGGAGGAGCUCACUGAGAGCCAAGAGAGCGUCCGGCAACUCCGGGAUGAGCGGCGCUCUCUGCAGGAGGACAACAACAGGCUGCAGCACUCUGUGACACUCCUGCAGCAGCAGAGCGAGGAGCAGCGNNNGCUCCUGCAAACCCUGCGCGCAGAGCUGCACAUCUACGAGAGCCUCCCUGGCCCCUCUCCUGAGACACGUGCAGAGCCACGUGGGGGGAACCGGUUGGUGAGGAAGAGUGAGGAACGGACAGGGGCUCAUGUUGUUGGCCGUCUGGACACGUACCGGGUCCUGGAGCAGCACAUCAUGGAGGGGAAGGCACUGGCCCGUGAGCUGAUGUGUCUCACACGCCCAGCACUCGGGCUGCCCAACUGCCUGCUCCCGGGAAAGGAGGCCUUGGGAUGGGCAGGCACAGGCCAAGGGCACCUGUGGGGCAGUGCCAGCACCCUGCACGGCAUCCUGGAGGAGUGUGCAUCGCUCCUCACUGCCUUCUGGAGCACCGUGCUACCUGUCAGCCCUGCCCAGCACCAGGGCAAGGAGCAGGUGCUGCAGGGUGAGAUUGCAGUGCUGAAGGCUCGGCUCUCCGAGAGGGAGGAUGCUCUGCAGAGCACGGCCAAGCGGCUGCGCAGCACAGCCCAGCUCAAGGACAGCAUGGAGCAGUUCAUCGUCAGCCAGUUGACCAGGACCCACAACGUGCUGCGCAAGGCCAGGACGAACCUGGAGGUGAAGGCCCAGCAGGCCCUGCCUGUCGCAUGA